UGUAGUAGUAGCGACACUCGACGUGGCACAGGACUUGUGUAUAGGGCAUGCUGCAUCCACUGCUCACAUUGUGUUGUCUUCCUUUAUCUGAUUGCACGGCCUGCUGCGUCCACUGCUCGCUGCUGUCUGUCUUCCUACAGCAGCUGCGGUUAGUGUGACCUCGUCAUGCAGUGACCUCGUCACGCCAAGUGUGCUCUCGUUGCUGCCACGUCUGCCCGACAGCUUCCUCCACCCUACUUGGAGACAGCACCCUCACCCACCUCACAGUGUUGUUUGUGAUUUGCUAAAAGGUGACAUUAAAGGCCACACGUCGCGUGGAGCACGACUUUCCCACAGCACGUCAGACCGUUAACCGUGUGGAGGGCACGCGACCACAGGCGGAGGGCUUCGUCUAAAAUUAGAAGCUAUCGUUCUCCUCCAGUGCAGCAGUGUCACCUGUAUUUCUGACGGGAUUCCAGGAAUACCCGGACUGCUUCUAGGAAGACGGCCUUUGGUGUGAGCAACCUAAAAUCCAGAGAUGCUUUAUACUCGAUAAACAACCACCCAGUAAACAACCAGCCAGCAACAACAUGACCACCAUCACCAAGAUGCUGUUGUUGAUCCUGUUGAUGGUGAUCCAGGCCUGGCCAUUACUGCUGACCUUUGACCAGCAGCACGAUGGCAACAGCACAUGCCCCUUCCCGUGUUUCUGCAACAAGAUGCUGACUACAGUCAACUGUGAUGGCAAGAGGUUGACAAAGAUACCCACCGACCUUCCUCAGCAGGUGGUAAAUCUCUCUCUGGACCACAAUCUGAUUGCCACCCUUGACAAGGCGGCUUUGGCUAACUUAAGCAACCUGAAUACUGUCUUCCUUCGCAACAAUCCACUUCGGCAAAUUGACCCUUUGGCCUUCCAGAAUCUUCCUCAACUGAAAAGCCUCUACUUGACUAAUGGCCGUAUCCAGCAGCUGCACCCUGAUGUCUUUCAAGGUGCGGAGUCCUUAACGUACCUCAGCUUGGGUGCAAACAAUUUGACACUCAUGCCAGAACUGCGACGACUGACCAAUCUCACGACUUUGGACCUCAAUGCCAAUCAGAUUGAGAAUGGAACGGUCCCCACUAGCUAUGGGACGAUGACCCACCUGAACAAGCUGGUACUCAGUCUGAACAAGAUCCCCAGGCUCACCAGCGACUCCUUCAAGGCCCUGGCAGGAGGUCGCCUGCGUGCUCUUGAGAUCACACGCAACCAGAUUCAGGAGAUAAGUUCAGAAGCGAUGCAACCUCUGACAUCGCUGCAGUCCCUGAAGAUUGGUUACAACGCCAUCGAUGGCUCGCAGCUGCAGAACCUGUUUCUUGGCAUGCAGAAUUUUACCAACUUGGAGUCAGUGGACAUUCGCCAAAUUCAGUUGGACGGCAGCAUUCCUUCUAAGACCUUUAGCCUCCUGGCCGCUUUGCCGCUCAGGGUCAUCAUCUUCAAAAAUAACAGGAUUAAUGUGAUUCCUGACCAGACGUUUGCCAACCUGCCUAAGCUUACACAGCUGGAUUUGUCAGCAUGUCAGAUACAAAAUGUGUCUUCUUCUGCCUUUGAGGGCCUCCCAGCACUGCAGAUCUUGUUUCUUGGUGACAAUCAGCAAAUUACAUCUGUGCCACAAAACCUUCCAGCCAGCCUUCAAAAGCUUUACCUACAAGGCAACAACAUUCAGAAGCUUCAGGGCCAGGUCUUGGCUCCACUGGUCAACCUUCGUGAGCUGUACCUCAGUAACAACAACAUGAAUGAAGUGGCAUCAGAUUCAUUCCUUGGUCUGUCCAAUCUUCGCAUUCUUCACCUGAAUGACAACAAGCUUAGCUACUUUCCCAAGGACUUCUUCUACCCACUUAGCAGUCUUGAAACUCUCAUUCUCAAGAACAAUAACAUGAAAACAUUUGACAAGAGUGAGGGAGUCUUUGAUUACCUGACUACCUUGACAACACUGGAUCUGUCCAGCAACCAAUGCUCCUUCAUGGGCUUUCGUGACCUGACUGCCCUUGAGAGUCUUCACAUCCUUUACCUGCAAAACAACAAUCUCAGGGGUGUUUUCGCCAAUGAUGUUGGUGGGCAGUUUUUGUCUGGUCAGCGCAAGUUACAGACACUGCUGCUGUCCAACAACAGUCUUGAUGUUAUCAAUGACUUGGCAUUCAGAAAUUUGUUCCAGUUGGAGAAAUUGGAUCUAAGCAACAACCACCUCUCUUCCUGGGGUCCUGGUCUUUUUACCACACCUGGUAGAAAUCUGCAGAAACUGGACCUUAGUAACAAUCAGAUUGCAUUGAUAAACCAGACAUCUGUAAAAGAUCUUCAGCUGCUGAAGAUGCUCAAUCUUUCUUUAAACCCUUUUGCUUGUACUUGUGACCUUCGCUGGUUUCGUUCAUGGCUGGACAACACUACAGUCCCAGUGCCUGGCUGGCAGACCUACAAAUGUGCAAGCCCACCAGAGUGGAAUGGGAAGUCACUUGUUUCAUUCACAGCACAGAAGAUCAAGUGUGAGAGUUACCUAUGGUACUAUGUGGGCGGGUUCUCUGCCCUUGUUUUUGUAAUUACCUUGGUCAUCUGUGGGGUCACCUACCGCCAGCGCUGGUUCUUGAGGUUCCGUAUGCACCGUGCAAAAAAGGCAGUCAAGCGAGCUAUAAAGGGUCAGGAUAGAAGGCACAGGGAUUACCAGGCAAUUCCUGGUGAAGACAAAAAGUACGACUUCUUUUUGUUUCACAGCAAAGAGGAUACUCAGUGGGUGCGUGAAAAUAUCUUGCCAGUCCUGGAUAAUGGUGAAAUAGAAGGAGGGCAUGGGCAGAGAUAUACAGGACGAUUUAGUCUGUAUUUUGGUGAGAGGGAUGGCCACUGUGGAAAAAGUGAAGUGGCAAAUAUUGAUGAUAAUCUCGAGGCUUGCAGAGCUGCUUUGGUGGUUCUCACACCCAACCUGGUGAAGGACCCCCUGUGUGACCCUGUACUACACCUGAUUAUUCAACAACAAUACGAAGGUCAAAUAAGCAAGAUCAAUGUUAUUAAGCAUGGCAAGCUGGAAGCUGAACAUGUUCCCAAGAGUCUGCGAAUGAUGAUGCAAAACAAUGAUUUUCAAGAAUGGUACAGCCUGGCCAGACCCCAGGAUGACUUCUUGGAGCAAGUAAAUGACCGCUUAGCCAGGAGUUUGCUACCACCAAGAGAUACCAUACAGGCUUAAAGGGGAAAAUGGGACAGUGCAGACUGUGUCAUUACACUGUGAUAUUGUCUUGAUAUUUCAGCAGCUACAGUCCAGUCAGACCUGGUUAACCCUUGGUUCAGCCUUAAUGUUUAGUGAGAGGUAGAAGGGAAAGCUAAACAGAUGUAUAUCACCACAAGCAUGUCAUUUGGACAUCACUCAUAUCCAUCUUCUCAUGACCCUGCUUGACAUAUUCAAAGAAAUUUUUUUUACUCAGAGUAUAAAACAAGAAAGAAAACUUUACAAUCUUCUACAGGCUGUCUAGUCGACAGCUGUAACAUGUAACAUAUAAUCCAAAAAUUCAGUCUACAGCUGUAAUAUAUAGCAUAAUCCACAAAUUCUUCUCCUUCUCUGGCCUCAGUAUUACUGCAGGCAGGACUGGUCUCUGCAGUUGUUGCUUUGCAACUUGAAUGAUAUAAUGCUGUUCUGCAGAGCUUGUCUGUCGAUUAGAUGGUGUGAAUGCAAAGAGUUCAGAAGAGUGUGAUUUUUUUCAGUAAAUCAGAAUAUUAGCCACAAGCCAUGAGCACAAGACACCUUUGCUGUGGGAACUACAUUGAUUGCCAAUAAAGUUUUAUAUGUAUUUCUAGCUUUUGAGGGCACCCAUCCAGCCUAUCUUUCUGCAAUGCUGUCCAUCUAUUUUCCUUCUAGAUCACUCUGAUCAUCUAGAGAAAUGCUGCUGUCUCCAAGAUUAACUUAAAUUCUUUUGGUAGAGGUAUGUUUCCCUUCAUUGCCCCACCUGUCUGGAAAACUGUUCCUUCCUAUUUCAUCAUCUAAAAAUCAUAAAACAAGGGUUAUGUUUCAAAUUUAUGCAGUUUGAACAUGUAGAUGAAGAGCUGACUGUAGGUGAGAUAUUGAGACUGAAAAUACAUAACAAGUGGAAUUUCCUUGUUCACACCAUGCUUACCACAAAACAGGCUGAAUAUUAUUAUAGUGGUAUUAUAGUUUCCAUGAUAUUGAAUCUCUCUGGAUGUGUUAGGAGUUGCAUGGAGAGUUUGAAUCUUGGAACACUGCCUAUGGGAACUAUUUGUCUGUCUGCUUGUUUGUUUAAGUGGUUGACUUUUUAAAGGGUUAAUGUGUCAACUGCCGCCUCCCUCAUUUGUACAGACACUGGUGUGUGCAGUGCUCCUCUUCUACAUCCCACAGUGACUUUUCAUCACCGGCAUUUCACUUUCUGGUCUAUACUGCUUGCUGCAUCAUACAGUCAUUUUUUUAAUGCUGCUUUUAUCACCAUGUCUUUUUUUAACCUGUGAUACCCCCAAUAUAAAUACUUGUCAUGAAGUGCUAGUGCUUAAACUGUGCUAUGCAAACUCAUACACCUGAGAUCUGAGAACUUUUAUUUUUAAAAAGUGAAUGUAUUAGUUGACCUUGCAGAAAAUUCUACUAAAAAUCAAACUUACUCCUCCCAAUACACACUCCCUCUCCCCAGUGAGCUUUUGAUGGCAGUCCUCACUCACAUCUAAUCAAGUAGCCAACAUCGACAUGAGAAUUACCACCCUACUGACGCUCCGCCCUGCCUACAGUGGUGUGGUGGACAGGUGACUAACCCUCACAUCCCGUCAAUCUGGCAGACAGGUGUGGGACCCCUGAGGGCUGAUCGCACUUGGCUUACUCUUACCACUUAGGGCUGUCUCCCUCAUAUAACACCUCUGCGCUUGCACAUAAGUACCCCUCCCUUUUCUUGCAUAUGGGGCCUCAGCCUUGUCAAGCCACCCUAGACCCUAAUUAGGGGCGAUUGUUACUUCCCAUUUAGGUUACCACAUGACACUACCAGUUACUAAUAAUGUAUCAAAUAUUAAAAUAAUGCAUCUUGCAUUAUUUUUUACAAAAAGAAAUUUUACUGUAAUUGCAUUAUAAGGCCUAGACCAUUUUUUUAAAUCAUUUUGCACUUGUAAAGAUAGUUUUUGUGUGAUAACCCAAAAUAAAGCAGCCGAGGCCAGCAAAACAGUAUACACAUUCAAACAACAUCUUCAGCAAAUUGUAUUAGAAUUUAAUAAAAUUGUGGUAUUCUAAUAGAGAAUUGAAUGCACAUUAAGAUUUUUGUAUCUAAACUGUAUUGUCUCAUGGCAAACAUUCCUUCUUUGUAAUGUUGAUCAUUGGCAUUUAACAGACCACACUAACAAUUAUUUGUAAUUAAAUUAUAGAUGUUUCAAGUUC